AUGCCUGGAUUCAACCAAGCAAUCCCGCAGCCCGACUCCAGGGAGCUUCUUCCCCCCCUCCUAGCCUGCUUAUCAACAGCAAACACGGCGAAAGAAGCACCGCCGGGCUUGCUGCCUCUUCUAUCUCCCAUACUCCGCCAACGACUGCAGCUUCUGGCCUCGGGCGACUGGCUUUCCCUGCUAUGCUGGGACCGAGAGGCGGGCUCAAGACUCCCGAAAGUCAUUGAGAAGAUACACGUCGAGCCACAUCCAGCCUCGGGUGAGAUUGAGGUGGAGGAGCCAGAUCGGGUGUUAUAUCGGCGGUCCGACCCCGAAACCCUGCACGCGCGCUUAGAGCUGGGCGAAUUCGGCCUCAUCCCGACAUAUCUAUGGUGCACGGGUGGAGAGAAUGGCAGCAGAUGGCUUCUGGCUGAGCUGAGGAGCAUGGAAGACUCUGACGACGGCACCGAGUGGUUUGCCGGUAUGGGCGAGGCCAACGAGGCAGGCUUCAGGCGCAAGGCAGUCAAGAGCAAUGGAGUCGCAACUCAGCCCGCGGUGCUGGAACCAGAACCUGCACAAGAGGAGGAAGACGAUGACGACUCGUACUGGGCGGCAUACGAUCGGACCCCAGGCGGACAGACACCUAUGCAAAAACACUCACCCGCGCCCAUGGCAAGCAGCCGUACGCAAAUUGGCCCAACACAGUCCGAACUCGAGUACUUUGCACGCUACGCUUCCGAAGUCCAGCCUGCCCUCGACGCCCACGACCCAGACGAGGAGAACCCCGUCACGGGCGAGUCGACACUCAACGGCAACACUCUCAACUAUACCCGCCAGCCACAGACCGAACCCCUUGAGACAUCGAACCUCGGCCCCAACGGCUACGACUCGUCGAUGCCACUAGCAGCAAGCGGCAGCAACGGCGUUGAGCACACUGAAGCCAUCCACCAAGACGAUUUCUCCGCGCUGAACCACCCUCGCCCCUCGUCGUCCGCGUCAGAAAACUCAGUGCAGAGGCUAGAGCGGCAAGCGGAGAACUACAGCCAGGCGGAGAUUGCUAUCAAGCAGCACAUCAGCACGGAUAUCAAGAGCUUGUUUAGGCUGGCGAAGGCUUCUGGUAUCGAUAGGGAGGAGUUUGAGAGGAUCAUCAGGAGGGAGCUGGAUGUGCUGCCGCUGCUGGAGCAGGAGGAGCAGUAG